AUGGAAUUAAAUCAAAAGUAUUGUGGUUCAUCGCAAUGUAAAUUCUUAUUUCUGUAUAAAGUUAUGGAACAGGAAUCAAAAGCACGAAAACAUUUUAAACAAUUCGUUCAAAUCGCCCAAAAACUUAAUCGAACGUUAGUAUUAACGAACGUUGGUGAAUCCCGUAUUGGUGCUUGUUUUACAUACCCAUUUAGUUAUUAUUAUUCAACAGAAUUUCUUCAAAAGAAUUUUCCCGAUUUAAGAGUUAUAACUCAACAACAAUUUUCAGAAUGGACGAGGUUACGUAAACAGAAACCUUCCUCUCAUCAAAUCUUCUUUCAAGAAAGUCAUCAAGAUACUUCAUUCGGAUUUGUUGAAAACGAACCAAUUCUGUCCAAAUUAAAACGUGAUUUGUGUCAUGAAUUUAUUAAAUUUUAUUUUGAUACCCUUAAACGAUUUGAUGAUGCUGAAAUUUUAUUAAUGGAUCAAAAAUUUCAUCAUGAAUUCUUUUUAAAACGUGUUCCCGAUUUAGAGUAUGCGCCUCAUAUAAUUGAAAAGGCUUUGGAGAUCAUUCGUAAUUUACAACCAUUCAUAGCUGCUCAAUGGAGGAUGGAACUUGGAAAUCCUCUAAAUAUGCCAAGAUGUGCUGAAAAGUUGGUUUCACACGUAGAAUCAUUAAAAGUCAUUUAUAACACUCGUAAUGUUUAUCUUGCUACCGAUUAUCCUUUAAAAGAUUCUUUGGCUCAAUCCUUCACAUUUCAUAAUGUGAAAAUAGAAUAUCAUGGAAAAGCAAUGGAUAUUUUAAGAGAUAAGAUUGGUUUCCUUAGUUGGUUAAAUUACACUUUAACUGAUCAAUUUGGUAAUGAAAUGGAUGUUAAAGAUUUCGCUAGCAGUGGUAUACCGGGAAUUUUAGAUAAAAUCGUAUGUUCAAGAGCAAAAAUAUUUUUAACUGCGCCUCCCGAAUGCAGAAAGCGCUCUAGCUCAUACACGUCAAUGAUUACUGGUGAAAGGCUUGCUUUGAUGAAAAAUGGUAUCAAAGAAAUUGAAAAUAUAAAUUUAGAAUGGUAA